AUGGCUGGAGUAUGCGUUCCAUCUGAGCCAUCCUCUACGGAUUUGCACCGGGUCAGACUUCUACAAUCAAAUGUAAACCGAGUUGGUGCAAGAUGGAUGCACAGGCAAAUGAACUUGCCCUGCGAGAGAGGUCCCGAGGGAAGAUAUUACUUUAACAGCUUACUAGAACAACAGAGGAGUGCAUUCUCGAAAUUCAACCUACUGGCCCAUCCACCUGCCGACAAUGCGCCCUUGGCGCCUUUACGAGAUGAGGUCUUGUUGAUUGAUCCGUGCAAUGGGCAUCUAAGUGCGGGGGCUGAGGUGGAUUUGGCAACUAAAGGAAGACCUCAAUUUAUAGAUAUUCCUUAUAUUCCGUCUGGAUUAUGGGUCGCCCCCGGUUCCAGAGAAAGGCCCCAGACACCUCUAGUCAGGCCAUCAGCCGGGACAUGCGACCUGUCCGAAAACAAGGCAUGGAACUCAAGGACAAUGCCAGACGCAGCUCUUCGGGCCAGUCUUGGAGGUAAAAUUAGAGUUUAAAGUAGCCUAGGACUAAUUAUAAAGCCUAAUGUGAAGUACACUUAUAAGGCUGACAGUAUAGCAUAAUACACAUAAGCCGACCCAAUUCUUUAGGCAAAUUUACUUAUUUUGUUAUAAAGACUGUAUGUAAGUAAAUCCAACAUCUCACUGUAGCCCACCAUGCCAAAUAGGCUGGCAGUUUCCCACACUUUACUAGCCUAAUAUGUCAUCAAAAGGUUGGACAAGUCAUUCGAAGGUGAAACCAGAGCCUCCCAAAAUGCCAUGUACAGUGAAAUUCUUCGGGUUUUUCCCUGAAAGAGAGAACUUGGUAUGUUAUAACCCUAUAAGUUUACAUAAUGAUACAUUUUCAACGGUUUCAAAGCAGUGAAGUGAAAUCUUGUUGAUUGUUGAUGUGUUUGAUUUUGAAGGAAGUCAGACCCUCUGGUUCCAGUCAAUGGAUAGAGAAGGCAGCACUGCGUUAUAUCUACACUUCAGUGGCUCAGAGGUCAGGUGCCACCCAGGACCUUCAUAUUUUCUCUCAAACACAUUGUGCAGCAGAGUAUAGUCACUGUGUUCCAUUCUGAUAUGUAUCAUAUGGUUUCUUUGACCUUUUGCAUGAUGGAGACCUUGCAACCAUAGCAUCCAGUUAUAUUCUAAUGUGUGUAUGUUUUCUGAAUAACACACAAACAGUGUAGGCCUAAGUGUGUCACCAUGCCUUGUAAUAUAUUAACUUGCAGGGGCUAUGAGGACGUCGGUUGGGACACAAAAUUACCGCGGCGCCUGAAGCCCCCAGCAACCACCCUUGAGAAAAUGGCAGACCCUGUGAAUCAGCAUUUUACCCAGAAGUGUUACCACAACAAACCAGAGCUGUGGCAGGUGAGUGCAUGUGUCUAGAAAAUACACAACACUGAAGUUAAUUUAAAUACUGUCCAUCCCAAUUGUAAUUAUAGAAUUUGGUUUUAAUGGGACAUCCUAAACUAACAAAUAAUGUAAAAAAUAGUGCUGCUUCUAACUCUUCUCUAAGGCGAUUGGAGCCCAUUGGAACAGACACCAGCUUCGUGCUAGGAAUGAAGUGCGGAAACCUAUAACAUUGUGAGUGUUUUGGCCUAGCCUUAUUUCAUGAUGUAAUAACAAGAACGGAUUUUGCUAGAUUGUCUCGUUGAAAAAAUAAGCCUGUUUUUUUUGUUCUAAGAUUGUUUCAUUUUAUUUCACAGCACCAGUUCCUGCCCAAACACCUGUCAAAUUCCAUUGUAUGGGUAAGCAGUUCUAGCCUCUGUUUGUGCUAUUGGCAACUUUUAGUAAUAUAUUUAUAUAUAUAUAUAUUAUUUUUUUCACAUCAAUUUGUUUGUUUGUAGGUUCAUGUGUAGGCUAAAGCAGUGCCUCUAUGGAAGAGUGAAAAUCUGUCUCUGAGUGUGACUGGACUUGCUUUUUGUGUGUCCUCUUUAUGUUAUUGGAGUGGUGUGGUGGGAUCCAUGAACAUGGACAACAUAGAUAAGACAGGACAUGACUUCUACCCCUUGACUAUGCAGCGGACCACUUUGCCCCCAUACACUCCCACGGCACAGUAUGUAUCUUCAUGAUGUACACUACGGGUCAAAAGUUUUAGAACACCUACUCAUUCAAGGGUUUUUCUUUAUUUUUACUAUUUUCUACAUUGUAGAAUAAUAGUGAAGACAUCAAAACUAUGAAAUAACACAUAUGGAAUCAUGUAGUAACCAAAAAAGUGUUAAACAAAUCAAAAUAUAUUUUAUAUUUGAGAUUCUUCAAAUAGCCACCCUUUGCCUUGAUGACAGCUUUGCACACUCUUGGCAUUCUCUCAACCAGCUUCACCUGGAAUGCUUUUCCAACAAUCUUGAAGGAGUUCCCACAUAUGCUGAGCACUCUGCGGUCCACCUCAUCCCAAACCAUCUCAAUUUGGUUGAGGUCGGGGGAUUGUGGAGGCCAGGUCAUCUGAUGCAGCACUCCAUCACUCUCUUUCUUGGUAAAAUAGCUCUUACACAGCCUGGAGGUGUGUUGGGUCAUUGUCCUGUUGAAAAACAAAUGAUAGUCCCACUAAGCCCAAACCAGAUGGGAUGGCGUAUCGCUGCAGAAUGCUGUGGUAGCCAUGCUGGUUAAGUGUGCCUUGAAUUCUAAAUAAAUCACAGACAGUGUCACCAGCAAAGCAUCCCCACACCAUAACACCUCCUCCUCCAUGUUCUUGCCAUAAUAUGGACUUAGUCUUUUACCAAAAAGGGCUAUCUUAUGUAUGCCCCCCAACCUUGUCACAACACAACUGAUUGGCUCAAACGCAUUAAGGAAAUAAAUUCCACAAAUUAACUUUUAACAAUGCAUACCUGUUAAUUGAAAUGCAUUACAGGUCACUACCUCAUGAAGCUGGUUGAGAGAAUGCCAAGAGUGUGCAAAGCUGUCAUCAAGGCAAAGGGUUGAUAUUUGAAGAUUCUCAAAUAUAACAUUUGAUUUGUUUAACACUUUUUUGGUUACUACAUGAUUCCAUAUGUGUUAUUUCAUAGUUUUGAUGUCUUCACUAUUAUUCUACAAUGUAGUAAAUAGUAAAAAUAAAGAAAAACACUUGAAUGAGUAGGUGUUCUAAAACAUUUGACCGGUAGUGUACCUUCACUGAUCAUUAUACACCACACUGCCCAAUAUAAAGCAUACACCUUCACUUAUACAAGAUACCUUCACUAAUAAUACACAAAGCAUUAUUGGUGGCAUUGAAGAGUCUAGUAAGAUUGGAAUCACACUCAAACGUAUUAUCUGUUUGUUUAUAGUUUCAUUCAUUAAAUUGUAUUCUAUUGGAUAUACAUCAACAUUUUUUCCAUUGUGGACUAUAUGCAAUAUAUGAAUAAUGUGCAAAUGUAUAAAACUUGAUUCUCUAAUAUUUUUGUCCCAGCCGCCCCACCAUCCCUGGCUAUACCGGCAAGGCUCACUAUGAUGGUGCUCGGUCCUCUGGGUUCAGUCUGCCUCUUCUACCCAGCUCUGCCCCA